UCUUACCACAAACGCGUCUAUGUGGUUCUGGUGCGAACUGCAUUCGGACUCGCAAUUGUCAUGGGCGUCAAGUCUCUUUGGAAGCUCGUCGGGCCUGUUGGUCGUCCCGUGAUGCUAGAAACCCUCGAGGGCCAAACUCUUGCCAUCGACUCAAGUAUCUGGAUCUAUCAAUUCCAAGCGACUAUGCGUGACAAAGACGGCAAGGCUCUCUCAAAUGCCCAUGUCCUUGGGUUUCUACGUCGUAUCGCAAAGCUUUUGUUCUACGGCAUCAAACCGGUUUUUGUGUUCGAUGGAGGCGCCCCUGCCUUGAAAAGAAAUACUCUCAACGAACGAAAGCAAAAGAAGAGUGGCGCUGCGACGAGCCACGCGAAGCUCGCAGAAAAACUCCUUGCAGCCCAAAUGAGACGCGAGGCUGUGAAACAAGUUAAAGCGAAGCAAAAGCAAAGGCCAACCAACAGCAAAGUCCCUUCUGGGCCGGUUGUGCUUGAUGAUAACACUGUUUACCUUGAAGAUAUUGACGGCUCGGCACCGAAGUCUCGAGCGACAAACUCCUCGCCCGCCAAACCUUCCAUGGCUUCUCCAGCCAAACCCCGCUUUUACGACCAUGACCCAUAUCGUCUACCAGAUGUAGAUCUUGAAGCCAACAUCGCCAAGGCGACACGGGCUGUUGUUCCUGACCCGCGACUUGCCACUGAAGACGAGCUGCGAGCAUUCAUUGAAGACAUGCGUCCCGAGGACUUCGAUGUGACUUCUCCUGCCUUUCGGGAACUCCCCACAGAAAUACAGUACGAAAUUGUUGGCGAUCUACGUCUCAAAUCCCGACAAACCUCCUUUGCGCGUCUACAGAAUAUGCUCCAGAAAUCUCACACUCCCCUUGACUUUUCUAAACAACAAAUUCUCAAUCUUCGCCAACGCAACACUCUGACGCAGCAACUUCUCACCACCACCGACAGCAUCGGCAAAGCACAUCUCACCAUUCCCGUGCGCAUUGCCAGCGAGCGCAACAGGGAGUAUCUUCUCAUCAAGAACGAGGGGCAGGACGGCGGCUGGAUUCUGGGAAUCAGAGACGACGGUACCAAAGAAAAACCGAUCGAAAUUGACCAAGAUGACAACGUCAAAGCCGUUAAUAACACAGUUUUGGAGGAAGACAGUGAAGACGACAUGGAGGAGGUUGCAAUACCAGUCGCAGGCGUUCCGGACGCAGAUUUACAGGAGUAUCAGCGUUCGUUGGCAUUGGAAGCUAUAGCAAAGAGGCAACCACAUACCAAGCAAACGCGCCAGAGGCCGCCGAAGCAACCACUGUUCGAUCCAGAGGACGACCCAGCUCUGAAUCCCUUUUCCAUGCUCGUUGAUGAUGACGAAGAUGAUGAACAGCUAGCUUUUGCAAUUCAGGAGUCGCUCGAUCAAGCCCAAACUGCUCUUCCUAUUGUCCAUCGACCCAAUAGGGUUAAUGCUAUAGCCUCUUCGUCUAAAUCUACCCUGGACGAGAUCCCUAACAUUCAGCGUGUCUCCUCAGGUUCCUCCCAUAAUCCGCACCGAUCCUUGGACGAUGAAUUCAUGCAUGGCAACCGCUUGGAAACAGCUUUGUCUAUCGCCAAUGCAGGGCCAGUAAGAACACCUGUAACAGCCGCGACACGUAAUCCGAUCCCAAAUUCACCAACACCUUCAACUAACACUCAAAUCAAGGCUGUUGCUACACCUACGCGUGACUCCCAAUCGAACUUUGGCCAACCUGCACUCCUUCUAUCUGACACUAAAAUACCUGCAAAAUCGUGGGACUCGUCAUUUGGGACUCCGACGCUGCUAUCAACAAAUUCACCAGCCAUCGAACCAACAGCUUUACCAGCGCAAUCGCCGGUUCAGAAAAUCUUAGCUCCACCGCCGCCUCAACCACGGCCAAUCUCAGCGCCACUGCGGUAUAUUGAGCCAAUCAAUUCCCUGAUAUCUCCGAUGGUUUCGGGGCAUUCAGAGUUGAGCGGCUCUGAGGAGGAGAUGGACGAGGUUCUCAUAAUGAAUGAUAACUCUGAGAUUCCCCUCCAACCCACCGACGGAUCUGACGGGCCAAAGAUGCUCGAGGAGGGUUCUGAGCCCGUAGCUGUUGUCUCAGACGAAAUCAUGGUCGAUAUCGUUCCUCCGCAAGACGGUGUUGAACAAAGCGAUCAACAAGUUGGAUCCUUGCGACCUUUGGACUCCGGUCUAUCUCCCCCUGCUUCCCCUCCAACGUCACACGUUGAUCUUGCAGAUGUCGAGGAACCGAUAAGCGAUUGGUCUCGCUCUCCAUCACCAAUUCAUGUUCCCGGUAUCGAUGUUUUGCCUCCUCGUGCCCCAUCACCAGUCCACGACAAUUGGGAUGCAGCUCACGAAAUGGAUCCUGUUGCGGAAGAGAGUGGCUUUGCAGAGUUCAUGUCCCAGGUCCAAGGCAAGAACCUCGACGACGUGCAAAAGGAAAUAGACGAGGAGAUACAUGUUCUCAACGUGCAGAAAAGGGCAGCUCUUCGAGACUCUGACGAUAUAAAUCAGCAAAUGGUGUCACAAAUCAUGAUGCUGCUUAAUCUAUUCGGCAUUCCAUAUAUUACUGCGCCAAUGGAAGCAGAGGCUCAAUGUGCGGAACUCGUCCAGUUGGGCCUCGUCGACGGCGUCAUCACAGAUGAUUCUGAUGUUUUCCUUUUCGGCGGGCUGAGGGUAUACAAGAACAUGUUCAACCAGUCGAAGACCGUGGAGUGUUUCCUGAUGUCGGACUUGAGCCGCGAAUUGGGACUCGAACGUGACGCUUUGAUUCGGCUGGCCUAUUUGCUAGGGAGCGAUUAUGUCGAGGGUCUACAAGGGGUUGGGCCCGUUGUUGCUAUGGAGCUAUUGGGAGAGUUCCCGGGAAAUGACGGCCUCCACAAGUUCAAGGAUUGGUGGACGAAGGUGCAGUCUGGCAAAGACAAGGCGGAGGACACCCAUUCCAAGUUUCGGAAGCGAUUUAAAAAGAAAUUCAAGUCCUUGUACCUCCCACCCGAAUGGCCGAAUCCUCUCGUUCGGGACGCAUAUUACCAUCCCACGGUGGAUGAGUCUGAAGAACGUUUCAAAUGGGGGCUGCCAGACCUGGAUGCACUUAGGGAUUUCCUCCGUGGGGAACUUAGCUGGGGCACAGAGAAAGUCGACCAGCUCCUCCUCCCCAUUAUCCAGAAGAUGCGAAAACGCUCCCAGGACGGCGCCUUGAACAAGCAAGGGAAUCUGAACGGUUACUUUGACGUCGCGGGAAGCGGGACUGUGGCUCCCAAGAAGCGACAGGCGUAUGCUAGUAAACGACUGCAGCAGGUCGUCUCUGAUAUGCGCAAAAAACGAAAGCGGAGCUCUCAGUCACCUGCAGUUGACGAAGACCAUGAAUCAACGGGGACGGAGGCAGAUGAUCCACCCGUGAAGAAACGUGCCGCCAAGGGUGGUAAAGGGAAAGCUGCCACGAAAGCGAAAUCUAAGGUCUCAGCGACGCGUGGAGGAAAGUCACAGAGUGGUUCGAGGUCACGAGCGAAAAAGUCCGGGGCAGACCAAGAGGAGGAGGAAGAAGGAUCUGAGUUUGAAGGCAUGGUUGACGAUUCUCCUGCAGCUGAACCGCCACAACUACGUCCACGACCCAAGCCGAAGCCUACAUUUAGAGCUAAUACUGUUAGUGUUACUGUAGAUAAUACUGCUUGA